AUGCUGAAGAUGGCACUUUCACUUGGACGCCUCACUUUUUGCCUCGAACCAGCCGCACUGCAUGACCUUCAUUCAGGUUGUGUGCCAAGUACUUCGUACCGCCGAGUCGCUGCUUCCUGCCCAGCUCGUUCGCCAAUCAGGGCGCCGCUGCCCACCGAUCAGGGCGCCGAUUGCAGCUUGUGCGCGACUGCCAACGGCAAGUGCACGGCAAGGCAGCCGCGACUAGGGGAAAAAGGCAACAAAGGCAACCACGUCCAGGCCAGCUCUUGCCGGUCCAGGGCAGGGCGGCCCUCGCAAGGCGUCCAAGGCGUCCAAAAGGCGUCCAAGGCAAAUGUCACGAGCCCGGGCCUGACCGCGACCUAA